GAAUUGUUCAAGUUGUUUGUGGUUCCUCGUGAUCUUUAUCCGGAAUAUCCGAAUAUGGCGAUCGCGCUGCGCUUUCCACUGCUCACCUUGACCAUUGUUGUCGCGGUGCUUCUUGUCUCGGCUCAUGCCCAGCAACUCCUGGACAUCAAGAAAAUCCCCAAACGAAUCAACGCGGACAUGUGUCAAUGCGCGCUGAGCGUGAAAACGGACGAGCGGGAGGCGCGACACAAAGCCGCUCAGAAAUUUUGCGAAGCUCAAAUCGGAAUCUCGAUCCCGGACUUUGAAACUGAAGUUCAAGUUGAAGUUCGGAAGCCGUUGCCCCGAGGUUUGGCUCAGUGGACCCGGAAACAAGUGGAAACCGAAGGAGUCGACUACAAGUGCCUCAACCAACUUCGGGAAUUUUACUUCUUCCAAAAGAAAUUGUCAACGUUUUUUGACACUCUUGAAAAGACUGUGAAAGACGACUACGCUCGCUGUUUCGGCAUCCAGAUGAAAUGGCUCAACCCAACAACUGGGGACUUGGACAAGGUCGUCAUUCGCCAAGAAAUCGCAGGGUCCGAGCUUCUGAACCCGAAACUCCGUCAGUCCUUGGAACUUCUUUCUCUCACGUGUCGAGGGAAGACAAUCGAUGACUUGGAGUCAUAUAUCAGAUGCGCAACAAAGCCCUGUGCUGACCCUGAAUUCUUCGAAUUGAUCGGCAAGAAACCGACCGAAUCGGGUCCCUGAAGGGAAUAAUUAAUGGUUCAGCUUUUGGGAAGAAGAAAAAAAAAAGGUGUCGACGAGAAGCAUCGCAACAAGGCAUGGCAUUCAAGCAAAGCAUCAACGACUUGUCAAAUAAAAAUUCAAAAAAAAUUGCUAUCCUUUGUACAGCUGUGAAGAGUCAAAAUUUGGUAACGACCUCACCGGAAUUCACUGGAGAGAAAAUGAAAGGAACAAGUCUUUUUUUUUUUGAAUAUCGAAA